ACUGUCUCCUCUCUCUCCUUCCUCACAUUCAAUCCACCACUUUCUCAGAGUGCACAUUAUAUUUUGUUGUCACCUCACUACUGCAUCUGCAAAAUUUCCAAACAACCUUAUCCAGACUUUCACCAUUAAAUAAAGGGUGCCCACAACUCAAUUAGAAAAAUCACUCAACAUGUCCAGUUAGAUCACAGGACUUUAUCCACUGUCGCAGGUUUAGAAAUUAAAUGCAAAGUUUCAAGUCGCGUUCUCACCUCCGCAAGAUAACUGGUUUAUCACGUGCCGAACGUUGUCUCAUGUUCGAAGUGCAUAAACUUUAAGUUUUCUACCUUCCGUUUUAAACACCUGCUUCAAAAUUAGACGAAGGAGGAAAAAAGUAAGCCAAGACCUUAGGCUCGCUUAUCAAAUUCGCACCACUACCAACCAGAUAAGCAUCGUCGUAAUCACGGAGUGACAAGUGACAUCGGGUGAAGAACAUUCAUGUUUAACGAGUUACAUCCGAAUUAAUGACGAUAAGUACUUAAUAACAUCGUAAGAGCAGCCAAGGAUCUCCGGCCCCCAAAACGCCCCACCAAGAAAUAAUCUCGUCGUGGCGAAAGAACCACGGUCAUUGAGGACUUAGUAAACAGACUAUUUAUUUUGUGAUAUUACAAAACUUUUAAUGAAGAGACGCAGGAAAAAAUCGUUUGUAGCUGCUUAAGCUAGUUUAUAUUUUUUAAUUUUAUUCCUCCACCGUAGUGAAUUAUUUACUAACAAACAAGCAAAAACUAAAAACAACUCGAGUUUUGAGCGUAUAUUCCCUGAAGAACUUUUGUCUGAAGUGUGAGGCAUUAUUAUUUCAAUUUAGUCAAUACAUACGAAACGCGGUGUUAAAAAUCAGACAGCCGACUUAUCACUAAUUGUACCAGCAAACCAACCAUUUAUCGAAUCGAGAAGUUUCAAGUUAUCCAGUAGUCGAAACCAUCGUCAUCAUCAUCACUUCACUUUAAUAAAUAGCAUCACCGACGACGACUAUUACCAGGAAGAUAAGAUCAUCAUCAUCAGCAGCAGCAUCAAAUCAAUCUCAUUGUUCAUAUCAGCAUCGGGUGUCGGGAUUCUGGGGGAGGUUCCUGUAGAAAAAUCCGACAUCAGGAAAAGGAAUAACACCACGGCGGUGACGAAAGGGGUCAGAAUGGACGCGAAUGCGAAGAAAGCCAAGAGCCUAAAGAAUGCCGAGAAACGUCGUGAAAGGUCGAAAGUUGCGGCGAGAUGUCGACGUGGAAAGGAAUGUGAGAUUUUCAACGAUCUUUCUGCAUCCCUACCAAUUUUCGAGGCGUCAAAAGCCACCUUGGAUAAAGGAAUGACCCUUGAUAAAGCAUCUGUUAUGCGGUUGACCUUAUGUAAUCUUCGCCUCAAGAAGAUAAUGAAGGCUGUGGCUAAUGGUAGUGGAUUUUGGAACGGUCACCCGGUCAAAAAAGAUCAAAUUAAAUUGCCAAGUUUCUUCAAUUCCGACUUUGAGUCCCAAAUGAAUCAAGCAAUGGGGGGUUUCAUUCUUGUAUUCGGAUUGGAUGGAGAUGUCAUUUAUGCGUCAGAAGGGAUAACGACACAAUUGGGGAUUUCACAGCAUGAAAUAAUGGGGCAGUCCAUUUUCGAAUUCAGCCACCAAUAUGAUCACAAUGAUAUUCGAAGCAUGUUGAAAGUCGGUGAAGUUGCCGAGGCUAGUUCAGGUGGAGGCGGAAAGAGAUCUGCCCUAUUUCGGAUGAAAUGCACCGUGUCAUCCCGUGGACGAAAUGCCCACUUGAGAUCGGCUAACUACAAAGUUGUAAACUGUAUCGGACGCAUGAUGGAAGGUGUGGGUGCAGCUGGAGAGGAGGAGGAAGAGGAAAACAACAGCAACAACAAUCAAUGGUUUAUCUCCAUUUGUGAACCACUUCUUCAUCCUUCUGAUGUGGAUAUCCCACUUAACAAGCAAACAUUUUUGAGCAAACAUACCCCAGAUAUGAAGUUUGACUAUGUGGAUGACGCCGUCGCGGAAUUGCUUGGAUACACACCAGAGGAAAUGAUUGGUCGGUCGCUGUUUGAAUUUAACCAUGCUGGAGAUGGUGAGGGAAUUGGGAAGGCAUUUAAAUCAUUGUAUGACAAGGAUCAGAAUCAGACAGAUCGUUACCGCUUUCUUACAAAGGGUGGCGGUUGGAUUUGGAUCAUCACACAAGCCACCGUCAUCAGUGGCCAAAAUGGUUCAAACAAGGGGCCCAACUCUGUUGUGUGCAUCCACUUUAUAACAAGUGGGAGGGAGGAAGAGGAUCAAGUUUUAUCUGAAGUCCAGAUCGGUGACGCCGUCACCACCACCACCGCUUUGGCUGAUCCAAAGCAACGGACUGUCGCUGACCGGAAGUUGAAGAUUAAUAACAUCAAGAUUCAAAUUGAACCACCUAUGAGUCCAGUUGAAGAGGAAAAUAAUUUCAUUGCUGAUCUUCUUGUGGGUCCACUUUUGAACCAGGCGACUUGUUCAACAUCUAAAAUCUUUACGCCGAAAACAAAAGACAUGGACACUGGCUUUCUCAUGCAUGUUGAUGACACGCUCAUCGCGUCAAAAGAGGAACCGGACGACCUGACUCAUCUUGCUCCCAUUGCUGGGGAUGAAUGUGUCCCAUUGGAUGUCCCAUUAUUGGAGGAUUUACUAGCUUCUCUGGAUGCAGAUGAUAUGUCAUAUUCAUUUCUGGACGAUGACACCGAGGUACAAAAAUUCGACAUUGUUGCACUACCUCCUAAAGUAAAAGUGACACCGCCGCCUAAACCUCCUGUCGUGUUAAACUUGGAUGGAAUCAUGCUUUCGGGACAACGAGAUCCUGUUCUUUUCUCAACGGCAACGCCCGACUUGAGCGAGUCGCCAUCACCACCAACAGAACAACUUGAUUGUGGAGACUACUUUAGGGGAUCAGUGUCCCCAUUACCACCCGACCUAGCUUUAGCGGUUCCAAUGGUGGCGAUUCAAGCAGAGAUGAUUACUCGAGAGAAGCCAGUUGCACAUUUCGAACAGCGAAUUCCGAUUCAGCCACCGAAAAAAAUACAGCAAGUUGUGAAGCAAGAAAAAGUUGUGCCUGAAGCAACUUGGAAUCUUGUGGAACAAAUCCCAAACAAAGUACAGCGUCUUGAUGGGGGUGAUGAUCAGCCUGCAAAAGUUUACAUUCUUGUACCAGUUCAACAAACUCGACGAGGUUCAUUUACGACCACUACUGCUGCAGCUCCUACCACUGCUAAUACUACCAUGGGAACGGCAUCGAUAUCCUCGCCAGGUUCUGAAUCUUCUGAUAAUAGUGGACGCUUUGAUUUGGUUGACUUGGUUCGUGCCCAGCAAUUCCAGUUGCAACAACAGGCGCUGAUUAAUAAGGAAUUAUUAGCCAGCAUGGAUAAUAUGUCCCGAGUGCAGAAACAUGGACGAAAGCGGAACUUUGUUGGUUCGCUUCUUGGCCAGAACCCACUGUCUAUGCAUGAGCUGACUCAAACUUUAUUGGAUCAAGAAUAUGAACAACAAACAAUCAAUAGAAACCAAAUGAUUCAGCUGACGAGACAAGAUUGUGAAGUGAAUGCGCCGCUGUCAAGAAAUGCAGACCUUCUUCAAGGACCUGAUCUUCUCAAAGCACUGGAAAUUGGAACUAUCGCUGACGUGGUUUAAUUGCAAACAAAAUACAACAACUAAACUCAAUUCGACAAAAUGGAAUGCACACUUCUUAUAAAUUAAAUAAUUGGUUAUUGUAAUUAGAUGAACCCCAAUUUUGAACAAAAUUAGAAAUCAAAUCAUUGAUAUAAAAUUACACCUUUAUAUUCAAAAUCAGAAAGAAACUACAAGCUAAUUUGGCUAAAUUAAAAAAAAACAUUAAAAAACACAUACAUAAAGCCCUACAACAUUCUGUGUGCUGCUGCCGCCGUAUUAAAAAGAAAACACCAUCCAUAGCUUUUUCGAUUUAUUGUUCUGUUUAAUUCACGUUUAAUUCAAUUCAGGGUAUAUACGCUAAAAGCGAGAAUGUUGUUUGAUGUUACUGUUUAGUAAGAUACUAGUAAACAAUUCAUUACUGUUGUAAUUUCAAGUAGAUCUAGAAUACGUUUCGUCGUUGAAUAUGCAUUGCAUUUGGACACAACUUCAUGCAAUACAUAUGUACCUUAGCAUUCAAGAUGUGUCCGAAUGCAAUGCUCAAAUUUUGGAUUUGUAUCAGAACGAUGUUCAACGACGACGUGUAACUUGAGUGUUUAAAAAUUUCAAAACUAAUCUUUAUGUAGUACACAAAACUGUAGACAAACUUUCCAAGAAAUUUAUUCUCGAGCUUUAUUUACAAAAAAUGCAGAAAUAAAUGUUACAAGAUAUACAUAUGUCAUUCGAUGAUAAAAAUGAUUAAAUCGGGGAAUCCAAUCUAAUGAAAAGAAAUCGUACCUAAUUAAUUCAUAGUUAGUAUAAACUGAAAUAUACUGUGUAAGAAAUAUAUAUGUAUAAUUAUAAGUGUGGGAUGGACUGACUGAAUUUUGAAUGUAAUCGUUAUUUCACUUUUCACCCUGUAAGUUGAAAAUUGCACGGGUUUUAUUGAUGACGUUAUACAUACAUACAUAUUAUUAUGUUCAUGGUUAUUGAUUCAUUCAUUUAAUGGUUUCCAUUGAGAGGCAGUUACAUACAUAUUAGUGGAGAGAUAUGUAUUUUACAUUAGAGGUAAGACAUGUUGUGCAACUUUAAUUAUGACACUUUUGCUCCUUGAUGUAAUAUGUAGCAAAAAUGUUAUGGCUUACACAUAUGAUAGUAGUCCUUAAAAUGCUUAUGUGGCUAUUCAACUGAAAUAAAAAUUUUGUUGGAAAGAUA